AUGUCGGAGCCAUGCAGAAAGAGAGCGAGGGAGGACCGGGAGGACAGUGAGACCAAGGAGCCAAGUUUUGACGAGCUAGUGGAUGCAGCAUCGCGAGUGCUGAAGGAGGAUGGCGAGAUGAAUCACAAGAAGGUUCUCAAGACUCUCAAGCAACAGCUCCCGCGCUGGCGCAUCACCGACAAAAAGCUCCACAAGGCCAUCAUGCACAUCCGAUCCGCUCCCAAGGAAGUGAAGGAACAGGUCCACCUGAACACGGAAGGACGAUUGAUGGGUACGCCGAAAGGUUUCAAUUAUGACUUCAAAGCUAUUGACGCGAUCGAUCUUUCCGACAAGAUGAUUCUCAAGAAGCUUGUCGGUGAGUGUGAAAAAGCUUACAAGAAGAAAAGCUUUUGGCUUGCGGCAAACGCGAAGCCAAGAUUCACAUUAGAAGCACUCGCAAAGCAAAUCUUUGAAUUUCACACAGCCGACGUCAAGGGGUAUGAUGAGACAAGAUCAGGAGCAGAAUGGUGGGUGCAGUUCAGGGGAACAAAGUCAGCUCAUGGCAAGUCCAUCGGCUUUCAUUGGGAUAGGGAUGAGUUCUAUGCGGACAGAACUGAUCAGAACGUCCAUCCUCAGAUCGGGACUGUGACGUACCUCAGCGAGCAUGGAGCUCCUACCCUCGUGCUCGAUCAGAGUCCGAUUCCCAAAGGAGAAUCGCGGGACAUUCACUCAGGUGCUCUUAGCCACCCCAAGCUCGGCAAGCAUAUCUGCUUCGACGGCAGAUUUCUGCAUGGAGUCCCGGCCGAGCUCUCGCGCCACCUCAAGGAGGAUCAGUUCACACGGAUCACCUUCCUCGUCAACAUCUGGAUUUCCCACAUCCCUACUGACACGGCGCCAUGGCCGGAGGAGGAUGUCAAGAGCAUGUCCACGUUUUCUCUUCCUGUCUCCUUCUCGCAGAUUCUUCUUCGCUCGCCUACUGCCGUCACUGUCGACCAUAAAUGCCCAGUGCAAGGAUUCGCUUUCGGACGGAAGGGGGAAUCGCAUGAGCUUUGGCUUCCAACACCACGAGGAGGAGGAUCGCCGGAUGACAACAUGGUCUUGACCUUCACCAGCAAGGCUCCUGCUCGACUUGUCCGCUCCAUGAAAUAG